AUGAAAAAAGGACAGCAAAGGAAAUAUGUAGUAGGGAGUCACGAAGAGGUCAUUGACAGGGUUGAAGCGGAUAGCACGGAUGCAGCGAAUGCACCGAGCGAGUUCCGGUGCAGUACGAGGCAGGGAUACGGGCGGCAGGUUGAGAGAAAGAGAUGCGGCCUGAGGGCCGACGUAAACAAACCGCGAGUGGGAGCUACGACCGCACUCACCAUUUCGGGGAUCCUCCGACCCGUUGUCGUUGAGAAAAGUGGCAGCAGCGGCCCACGUAGUGGAGAGCGGAGACGUUGUCGAGAAAUAUCAGCACUACAAGCACUUGGUUCACACAGGGUGGUUCAGAGCACGCACGCACACGGCACACACGAAAACGACACGUCCCGUCCUACACUACGUUCGCGGCUCACGCCGAUGCAGUUUACGUCACCGCAUCCCGCUCCCGACUGGCGCGGCGCGAGCGUGCGAGCGACGACCUCGCGCUGCAGCGUGCAUCGUCCCGCGCCCCGCGCUCCCUCGCCGCCGCGCCCUGCGGCCCUACCGACCCGCUCCCCGCCCCGCGCUCGUCCUACGUCCGUCCGGUGA